CUUUCAACCGCCCCGCCUUCAGCUAAGCCACUUUUUCUUAGAUCAAUCAUCUUUUUCCAACAACUGAACCUUGAACUAAACUGCACCCUGGAGGGGUUAACUGACCGUUCAACCGUCCAAGGCUUGUUUUUUUUGACGGACGACAGAAAAGUUCAAGUUAAUCAUUACCAAUCUCCAUAUCAAUCACAUCCAUAUCAAUCAUAUCCAUACAAUCUUAUCCAUACAAUCAUAUCCAUAUUAAGCUUUUUACUUGGCAACUUCGUAGGUACACUACUAUUCAGACAUCAAAGACAAUACAUAACUCAACAUAACUCAUAUUCGCCACCGAUGAAAGUCAAGAGAAACAAAUUAUCUUCAGCUCACUUUUGUCUCAAUAAUAACUCCCGGUUGACCCGCCUGGCCGCGUAGAUCUCUCUGUAAUAUUAUAUACCUAACCUAACCUACCUAGAAAUCUACAUUGAGAAAGAAAAGGAAGAGGAAAGGGAUUGAUAAGGGAAGAGAAGGAAGAAGGGGUAAAGGGCAAAGGGAAAAAGAAGGAAGAAAAAAAAAAACCGGGAGACAGCAGCAAUUGGAGAUAAGAUACCUACCUAAUCUACUUAUGGGUGUCGCCGGUGGUUCCCCCGUAUAAUGUCUGGCGCAUCUUCAAUUUCUAUUCCUCUGAGCCGUCCGACUCCUAUGGAAUCAUCAUCUCGCUCGUCCCCGAACGACAACUCUAUCAGCUCGCCUACCACCGUCUCAACUCCGCAAGAUCCUUUGUCGGUAGCCAAUCCCGCCUCUCACGCACCCUCUGGUCCCAUUAGCCUCGAUCCGUCCACUACGCCCUCGUCUGCGCUGAAUCCGCGCAGUUGCGUAACAUGCCGUCGCCGAAAAGUCAGGUGCGACAAGUUUAUGCCUUGUGGCAACUGUCGCAAAGCCCAUAUCCAAUGCGUUUUCCCUGCGCCUGGUCGCGCUCCCCGGCGACCGCGCAUAAAGGAUCCCAAUGCCCCACCAAAACAGACGAGCGAACGCGAAAUGGAGCUGAUGAAGCGGUUGCGGAAACUGGAAAGUAUAGUAGAGGACUUGAGCGGGCAGAUCGAAAUCGAGACGGCGAGAAAUCCAUCCGUCUGCGGCGGGACUUCGCCAGAGACAGCGAUAGAUAACGCACAACAAGAGAAAGAGCGGCGAAGACAAAACGAGAUCGUAUACAGCGAAAAUCUUCCCGGAGGUUACCCGCCAGCGGACCCGGCGAAGUUUGUUUCUCGGACUAGCGAAUCGGCUUUUACGCCGAAGAGCCCGUCAGGAGAGGUUAAUAAAUCUUUUGGGAGAUUGGUCCUCAAUGAGAAAGGUCGCACACGAUACGUGAGCAGCGCGUUCUGGUCUAAGAUCAACGAUGAGGUAUGCGACUUACGGGUAUCUGGUAGCUGUUUUCCAACUAACGAAAUUCUACAGAUUAACCAGCUGCGCGCCGAGACGGAGAUGCUCAACGAGGUAGACUCGGAAGGCUCAGAUGAAGACAGCAGCCCGGGCGCUGUCCAUCCCUAUCCGGACCAGGUUGACCAUCACGGGUUCGUGCUCGGAUACAGUUCCACGAACGUUGACCUGCGGAAGAUGCAUCCCUUGCCGUCUCAGAUACCCUUUCUCUGGCAGGUCUACCAAGAGAAUGUCGAGCCAUUGGUCAAGAUAUUGCACGUGCCGUCUAUGAACAAGACUAUCCGUGCGCUACGGAGUAAUAUGCACGACAUCUCGCCGGGGGUGGAGGCUCUCAUGUUUUCUAUCUACUACGCUUCCAUCACUUCUAUGGAAGAUGAAGAGGUCAGAGUCAAUUUUGGCACCGAGAAGGGAGAGCUCAUACAACGGUAUCGCUUCGCCACAGAGCAGGCUCUCGCGAAGGCGAAUUUCCUCGUCACGUCAGAACUGAUCGUCCUGCAAGCCUUUACAAUCUUCCUAAUCCUUGUCCGGCGGUAUGACGAUACUCGAUUCACCUGGACGCUUACUGGUCUCGCUAUCCGCAUCUCUCAGUCGCUCGGAAUACAUAGGGAGGGCACCAAGUUUGACGACUUGAGCCCCUUCGACGUCGAGAUGCGUCGCCGGCUGUGGUGGGCUAUAUGCAUACUCGAUCUCCGAUCGGCGGAAGACCAAGGGACCGAGUUAACGAUCGCAGAACGGACAUAUGAUACGAGAUUUCCGCUAAAUAUUGACGAUGUAGACAUGAAUCCGGAAAUGACAGAUUUUCCGGAAGAAAAGAUGGGACCGACGGAUAUGACCUUUUGUCUCAUUCGUUAUGAGAUCUGCGCCCUAGCCAGGCGGAUACACUUUUCUACUAAUGGCUUGGCCCCGUGCCGAUCUAGGAGCACGGAGGCGGAAAGCGACGAAAUGCUUCUCGAAUGUUACGAGCGCAUCGAGAAGCUAUACCUGAGUACGUGCGGCGACAAGGAUACGGACGUGUUGCACUGGGUUGCCUCCAUGAUCGCACGGCUAAUCAUGGCCAAAAUGAGCUUGAUCAUCUACCAGCCAAUGAUACUGCAUCCGACAGGGCAAGAUAUUCACAAAGAUUUCCGAUAUCGCUUAUUCAUGGCAUCUCUCGAGGUAGUCGAAUGUACGAGGGUUUUGAACUCUGAAGCCAGAUGUAAACAAUGGCGAUGGCUUUUCCAAACAUACGGGCAGUGGCACGCCGUGGCCUAUCUAUUGCUUGAGGUGUGCCGUCUGCCCUGGACGGCAUCGGUCGAGCGGGCCUGGAUAGUUCUCAACGCAACCUUCCAUGCCUCUGAUGCGACGGAGCGGUCCCGACCCGGGGUUUGGGUUCCGCUACGCAAGCUGAUGGCCCAGGCGAAGCGCCGCAGGGAAGAGGAAAUACGGCGCUUAAAGGCAGAUCCCGAAGCCGCGCGCCAGUUAGACUUUGACGAGAAGCAAAGAACGCAGCCGGAUAGCUUCAAGCACCUUUCUAAUUCAGUCCGAAGCGUUGUGGCCCAAGAACAGUGGCGCAAGCUAGUCGGGGUUGAGGAACCUAAAGCUCUUCCAUCUUCCGACGAUGCCCCAGAAGAGAGGAAGGUACCGGUUGGAGUCUCUCAGAAUGGUCUACACUACGUUGAUCAGAUGAUAUCGCAACCGUAUCUCGACAGUCAGGAUAUCUUCGGAGCCGCAUAUACAAGCAACGGCGCCUACUUGACGGAAGGGGGCGGGCAGCCGCCUAGUGGAUCCCGUGUUUUAGCCAAUGAGCCCAUUGGUACUAUUGGCAACGAUGUCUAUCAGCCAACAACGGUCCCCCCUUCGCAAGGUUUCAUCGAGGACAACCCGCCACCUUGGAUGUGGUCUGACAGCUGGAAUGGCAGUACAACAACGAAUACGCCCACUAUAGGGAGCCGAGAUGUCAACAUGGAGAUGGACCUAGAUGAAGGGUUCAACUGGCAAAACUGGAUGGACAAUGGCCUUGCAAUGGGCCGGAUCGGAUUCAUGGGAGGAAUCUGAUCAGUUAUCACUAAUGAGACAUCCAGGAACGAACGUGAGGGAUGUGGAAGUGGAUGUACGACUCGAAUAUCACCGUUUUAACUACCCCGUUAUCUAGAGCUUGGGAUAAAUAAAUAAAUACUGGUACUUACUAUGGAUGGCAUCUUGUACAUGAUCUACCUGGGAGUAUAUAUCAAUUUUGAGACAAUCUACUUAUAUACCAUUUAUCUCUCUCUUUCUAUGUGUGUUUCUAUGUGUGCGUGUGUUCUUUCAGUAAAAGCUUAGGCUUUCUUAUUCCGGAUUCUCAAAGUUAACUGCGGGAGUAGGUAUCUAAACGCCUAUAAU